UUCUCCCUCUUUCUCUUAUCUUCUUUCCAGUCAUAAGCCAACGACAAAGCUGAAGCGUUUGCCUUUGCCUUUCCAAUCUUCUCACUCUCGUUCCUUCUGGGAGUUAGGGUUUCCUUUUCUCUCGGUUUAUUGAACGAAAGGCUUACGUAUCCUUUGUUAAUUCUUAUCUUUACUUACACUUAGAAAAAUGGCUUCCUCCACUGCCCAAAUCCAUGUCCUUGGUGGUAUGGGCUUCGCAUCCUCGAGAAAACCCAACCACCAUUCACCCAGAACGGUUUUCUUUGGUCAAAGACUGGGAAAAACAUCUUCGUUAAACGCCGCCUUCUUACGACUGGCUAAAGCCAACGGUAAGCGGUGCAAUGUUGGGCCGGUCAGAGUAGUGAACGAGAAAGUGGUCGGUAUCGAUCUUGGGACCACCAACUCGGCCGUGGCGGCCAUGGAAGGAGGGAAGCCGACUAUAGUUACUAACGCGGAAGGGCAGAGAACGACGCCGUCUGUGGUGGCUUAUACCAAGAAUGGGGAUAGGUUGGUUGGUCAGAUUGCGAAACGGCAAGCCGUCGUGAACCCUGAGAAUACGUUUUUCUCUGUGAAGAGGUUUAUAGGAAGAAAGAUGUCGGAAGUGGAUGAGGAAUCUAAACAGGUCUCUUACAGGGUAGUUAGAGAUGAGAACGGGAAUGUUAAGCUUGAGUGUCCUGCCAUCGGUAAACAAUUCGCUGCUGAGGAAAUUUCAGCUCAGGUCUUGAGAAAGCUCGUUGAUGAUGCUUCAAAAUUUUUGAAUGAUAAAGUGACCAAAGCUGUUGUUACUGUCCCUGCUUACUUCAAUGAUUCCCAAAGGACAGCAACAAAGGAUGCUGGUCGAAUUGCUGGGCUAGAAGUUCUCCGGAUUAUCAAUGAACCUACUGCUGCCUCUCUGGCAUAUGGGUUUGAGAAGAAGAACAAUGAAACCAUCCUUGUGUUUGAUCUUGGAGGUGGUACUUUUGACGUUUCAGUGCUUGAGGUUGGUGAUGGAGUGUUUGAGGUGCUCUCUACAUCUGGAGACACACAUUUGGGUGGUGAUGACUUUGAUAAGCGAAUUGUUGAUUGGCUUGCUGACAACUUUAAGAGAGAUGAAGGCAUAGAUCUUUUGAAAGACAAACAAGCUCUUCAGCGGUUAACUGAGACAGCCGAGAAAGCUAAAAUGGAGUUAUCAUCUUUGACUCAAACAAACAUAAGUUUACCUUUCAUUACUGCCACUGCAGAAGGCCCCAAACACAUUGAGACAACUCUUACCAGGGUUAAGUUUGAGGAACUCUGCUCAGACCUGCUUGACAGGCUGAAGACACCAGUGGAGAAUUCCUUGAGGGAUGCAAAACUUUCUUUUAAAGACAUAGAUGAGGUAAUUCUUGUUGGUGGAUCAACACGUAUGCCUGCUGUUCAGGAACUUGUGAGGAAGAUGACCAGCAAGGAACCUAAUGUGACCGUCAAUCCAGAUGAAGUUGUUGCCCUGGGGGCUGCAGUUCAGGCCGGUGUUUUAGCUGGAGAUGUCAGUGAUAUUGUGCUUUUGGAUGUGACACCUUUGUCACUUGGACUGGAAACUCUGGGUGGUGUUAUGACCAAAAUCAUCCCAAGAAACACUACAUUGCCCACCUCCAAAUCAGAAGUGUUCUCAACAGCUGCUGAUGGCCAGACAAGUGUUGAGAUUAAUGUACUCCAAGGUGAAAGAGAGUUUGUUAGGGAUAACAAAUCUCUUGGCAGCUUCCGUCUAGAUGGUAUUCCACCAGCACCUCGUGGGGUUCCACAGAUUGAAGUCAAAUUUGACAUUGAUGCCAAUGGGAUCCUCUCUGUCACUGCUGUUGAUAAGGGCACUGGGAAGAAGCAAGACAUCACCAUUACUGGUGCCAGUACCUUGCCCAGUGAUGAGGUUGAUAGAAUGGUAAAGGAAGCUGAGAGAUUUGCAAAGGAGGAUAAGGAAAGAAGAGAUGCUAUAGACACAAAGAACCAGGCUGACUCUGUUGUCUACCAGACAGAGAAGCAGCUGAAAGAACUUGGAGACAAGGUACCUGGUCCUGUCAAAGAGAAAGUAGAGGCAAAACUGCAAGAGCUCAAGGAUGCAAUUUCAGGGGACUCAACUCAAGGUAUGAAGGAUGCGAUGGCUGCCCUCAAUCAAGAGGUCAUGCAGCUUGGCCAGUCGCUGUACAAUCAACCUGGUGCUGGAGGCAGUGCUGGGCCCGCACCUGGUGGUGAAAGUGGGCCUUCAGAUUCAUCAAACAAGGGGCCUGAUGGUGAUGUAAUCGACGCUGAUUUCACUGACAGCAAGUGAAGCUAGGUUUUGAGUUGUGUACAAGGAUUUUUGGCUGGGUGUUGGUGCGGAGGUGGGGAUUGAAUUUCCUAUCAUUUUUGUUCCGUGGUAGGUGACAGAAAACAAUUGGCUUUAGAUUAUAGAGGAUGAAGCACCAUAUAUAGAAUGCGCAAAUAGUUAUAAUUGUGGGUGUUGAGCCCGUGAACGUUGUUUAAAUCGUUUGAUAAAAUGGAUUUCUUGAAUUGACUUGUAUGAAUGUUAAGUCUUGGAUUGAACCUGUCCAGGGGUUACCCCGUACUUGAGCAAGAGAACUUAAUGUUGUACAGUCAUCUAAAUUCUUUCUUAUUGAUGCGUACCGCUACCUAUUA